GCCAGAAAAAGUUUUUGCCCUCCCCCUAUUCGAGCUCAUUCACUCCCGUCUUCCCACCAUCCGCUAGUCGUUGAUGCCAGGGAGCGGGGAUGGAGAGGCCAGAGGGACCGCGACCGGCGCCGCUGGGCUGUUAACCAACGCGGGGAAAGAGCGAGAGAAAGUGUUAGGAGCGGAGCGGCAUGGAGACCGUGGAGCAGCUCGUCUCCUUCCACCACAUCCAGGUCCAGCUGAACGGGGGCGCGCCUUGGGGGUUUACGCUCAAAGGAGGACUGGAGCACGGCGAGCCGCUCAUCAUCACUAAAAUCGAGGACGGAGGGAAGGCUGCCCACUGCAAGAGGCUGAAAGUCGGAGAUGAACUCAUCAACAUCAAUGGAUCCGCCCUUUACGGCAGCCGCCAGGAAGCCCUCAUCCUCAUCAAGGGGUCGUACAGGAUACUGAAGCUCACAGUCAGGAGACGCAGUGUUCCUCUCAUCAGGCCUCACUCCUGGCACUUGGCCAAGCUGUCGGAGCCGCUCCCCCCACCCCCUCCUCCGUCUCCUCCACCUCUGACCCCCCGCCUCCCCCCUGCAGACUCCCCUCCGCUGCCCCCUCCUCCCCCUCCGUCUGCCAUGCAGCUCCACUCUGGCUCCUACGCCCUACCCUGGCACACAACCGACAACAGUGACUUGUCGAUGCAGUGGGCUCAGUUGCCCAGGCCGUACUCCUCCACCGACCAAAGCAGCUCCCUGGGAUCUAUGGAGAGCUUGGACACGCCCACGCCCACUACACAGCCAUACUCCGACUCCCACAAUUCACCCGUCGACCCCGCCCUGUUCAACAACAAGCGCGACUCCGCCUACAGCUCCUUCUCCGCCAGUUCGAACACAUCUGACUACACUACAGUGCCUCUAAGGCCCGGUGAAGCCUCUUCCAUGGAUAACCUACUCCAGAGUCUCGGACCGGCUUAUCAAAGCUACCCGGGUGAUGCUUCCUCUCUGGGGAGGCCGUCUGGUGAGGCACCUGAUGAGGCACAACUAAUUGUCCACAAGUCCAGGUCGUUGACCAGGCCAAAACCGAGGCCCGUCGAGAUAAAAGACAGACCGUCGUCCUGCUGUUACGAGCAGGACCAAAGGGAAGGGGGUUUGGAGAUCGUAAGGAACGGGGAGAGAAAGAAUGGCCCCCCUCAGCCUCCAACCAGAAAAGACAGCUUUAGGGCGAUCCGGAGUCACAGUAAUGCUGCCAACAAGCGCUGCACCUCAGCGCCAAUUGAAGAUUGCAGAGCUUCUUGUAAAGACAACGCGACCUGUCUGAAUGUUGAUUCUGGAUUUCAAAAUGGUUUCUCUGCACCAGAAGAGGGUGACUCACACUUUAUCCAGAGACAGACAGAAGAAUUUGGACAUAUUGCAUGUGAUGGCAGCUCUAAAAAUGACCCGAAACCAGAGACGCCAUCAGAGCACCUAUAUGACUCGGGACCUUCUGGGGAGGGAACCAUCAACCCAUCUGUUUCAGGUUGCUCAUCCUGUGAAUCCCCCUCAGAGGUUCAGGUGCAGUCCAAUAUAAACCACUGUCACACCAAGCACCCGUCAGCAGGUCUUCACCAGCACGGUGCAUCCGAGACGCUGCUCGCCCCUCAGCUUCAGCUACUGCAGUUAAACAGCAACGACUCUUUGGAGCCUUUCAGCCCAUCGCACACUUCUGAGCCUUCAGUGUCCUGCAGCAACCAGUGGUCCCAUACGUCACUCCAACAUACAGCAGAGGAACAAGCACUUCCCACAUCACAGAAGCGGGAAGGUAGCCGGUGCUCAACUCCAGGAUCUCUGUUCUUGGAGGGCGAAGGUGAGGAUGGAGCUUCGAGUGGGAGGCUGGAAGCUGCGGAUACGAAUGGGGAGUCCCCUUCACCCGUUCAUCAUCAAACAGCUUGGGGUCGUUCUGUAAGCGUACCGGGCGAACCCACUGAAUCAUCACCCCGGGAAAGACUGAACUCUGACCAUAUGACGGAGAGGGAUUUUCAGCCGCUCAGUGCUGCUGCCAGUAUGGAUACCUUACUGGACCAGCAGACACUUCUGGAAAAGGGGAGAACUGGGGGGGAAAGCAAAGAAGCGUCAGAAAGGGAGGAAAGCCCGAAGAAGUCAUGCUCAUCCAAAAACCUGCGGCGGAACCGUCGCCGCAGCGAUCGAUUUGCUACCAACCUUCGCAAUGAAAUCCAGAGGAAAAAGGCACAGCUUCAGAGCGGCCAUGGCCCAGGGGGGCUGCUGUGCAGCCGGGAAACUGUUCAGGAAGAGGACGGUUCGGAUCUUUGCGAAGAUGGAGCAGAUCCAAACAGGACGAUGCAGAACAAAUGUGCCAAAGUUGCCUUUGCCCCACCGGCAGUGCCUGGGGAUUCUCAGACCUCAUCACAGGUCAAGACAUCAAUCGCCUCAAGAGAGUCCGACUAUAGUGUCUUCCAGACCCAGACCACAUCCUUCACUCAGGGCAAUAAUCGAUCCAGGUCUGUUCAGAUUCUAGACCCGGGCAUCCCCAGCUUCGGUGUCGGCAUCAGAGUUGUGGAGGAACCGGCUCCUAUUGGCAAAGCCCGCCGCUGGCGAUGGACCCCCGAGCACAAGCUCCAGCCGGAGCCCAGUGGAGAGCGACGGUGCGGAGUCCUGGGUGAAAAGGUUUUGGGUGUAACAGGGUCAUGUCAUGGAGUCUGUGCUUUCACCGCCUCCUCCAGCUCCCCCUACAGUCGCUCCUCUUCGAGCUCUCGAAACGAGGAGCAGGACAUUCUUCCAUUUGCAGAUCGAAUGAAGUUUUUUGAGGAGACAUCCAAAGGUGUGCCUGCAUCAAACGCCUCAAAAAGGUCCAAUCACAGGCAGAACCAUGCAGAGCAGCAGCGGGUCGAGCUUGGCCAGAAUCCAUCCCAAAGGAGAUACUCCUUCCAGGGAGGAGUGCAACAGGAAAGUGCCCAUCUUCUACACCCUGUCCAAGCCAGGAGCCAGUCUGUGAGUGCCUUCAGGGAGAGACAGAAAGUGAUGGAGAGGGAACAACUGAGAGACAGGGAAGAGAGGGAGGAAAGGUUGAGAGAGAUGGAGAGGCAGCAGAAGCUAGAAAGACAAGAAAGAGAACUCGAAAUGGAGCGAGCAAGGCUGAGAGAAGUUCAGCGAGAGGACAGGAUGAGGCAGUGGGAGAGAGAACGAGAGAGGGAACUGGAACGGAAAAAAGAGGCUGAGAAGGAAAGAACGGAGCUCGUUCAGCUCACCUCACAUCAGGACUGUUACAGCAAUCGGGACAUCAGAGAACAAGAGGGAGACAUCCAGCGUAAGGACCAGUUGCACAACUGGCAGCCCAAACCACAGGCGUUUUCUCACUGCCAAAGCCAAAACCAAAUCCAACGAUCAGCUUUUCAUCCAGUCAGUCAUCGCCUGCAACCGGAGGACCGAGAGUCUCUGCAUCAGGAAUACAACGCAAGGAGCUACACACCCACAGAGACCUUUCACGCCCCGCAGCAGGAAACGGCCAAGCUCAACAGGAAGUACAGCCUGACGGAGAGAGACUACUCAAGCUGGAGGCGAGAGUCCACGCCACCACAGGGCCUCCACCAGCAGCAGCUUCACCUUCAUCAGACCCCGUGGGACUCCAGACGGCCCGCCAGCCGCAGCGAUGAUCGGGACGGCCGCGCCGCCGCUCCCCCGCCGGCUCCGCUUUACCUCCGAGGACGAGCCAUGUCCGAAAACGACCUGCGCUUCGAAAGCGGCCACCGCUGGUCGCCCUCUAUUCACGCCUCCGUCAGCCAGACCCUCAGCGAGAUGGAGGAGGGAGGAGGUCCGACGGGCGCCGGGAGCCAGAAGAAGAAAACGCCUCCCCCUCCGAGGCCGCCGCCCCCCAAGUGGGAGCAGUUCCACCGCCGGCGGGCGUCGCACCACGCCCUGCUGGCCUCCUCCACGUUUGCCGCCCCUCCGGCCACGCCAGCCUCCUCCGGCAGCGCAGAGCGACACUACUCCGCUCACUCCUCCUCCUACGUCCCCCCGCCCGACGCGUCGCGCCAGAGGUCCUACAGCCUGCCCCCAGAGAGGCAGGAAGUGGCGGAGACCUGUUCCCAAUGCAGCUGCAGCCGGACUCGCACCCAGGAGCACGCCUUACCCCAACCAUCCAAUCAAAGUCCAGCUCCGUUCCAGGAGCGCACCUCUGCGGUAGCUCCGCCCAGCCCCAUGUUCUCCAGGAAGGCCUUCAGGCCUGUGGCGCCGGCCCACGUUGGGAUGGAGUACGCCUUUGGGGCGGAGCCUGUGGCAUCUCUGCCGCCUCCUCCUCCUCCGCCAGCAGAGGCCACAGUGAGCAGUACAUCUGGCAUGGAUGCGCGCUGCAGCCUGGAUCACAACCCACUGCCCAGCAUCCCACCUGGACCCGAGUGGGAGAGACCCCCACCUCCUAGAGCGCGUAGUCCUUCCCCCGGCUUAGGAAACGCCAGAGAGGCUCGUCCUGCCGAGGCUUACUUCAGUCAAACGGCGCCCGAGCAGCAGCGGCUAUUUCCAAACGCAGACUUCCAGGCCGAGGAGCGGCAGAAACACGGCGAGCCCGUAACGGAGUCUGAGACCACUCUGAGCCCGAGCCCCACCCACAGCCUGGAGGCCGAGCUGGAGCUCCCCUUGGAGACGGACAUCGACGAUUUCCAGGGCCCGCCCACGGAGGACGUGGCCCUCACCAGCGAGCUGCCGUGCUUCGCGCAGCCCGUCACGGUGCUGGAGACCGAUAUGGACACGCUGCCCGACCCCGACGCCUCGCCGUCUGACGAACCGCUUGAUGGAAGCGGCUCGCUGGAAGAAGAGGAGCUGGAGCUUCUCCCUCAGAGCGGGGAAGGAGAGUCGGGGACGGAGAGCUGGGGAGGAGCCUGUCCAUCUGUGGAGCACAACACCAACAGCUUGGACAGGCAGUCCGGGGCGAGCUCCAGCUGUUCGUCCUACUACCACACAUCGGCGGCCAAGGCUCAGCUGCUGUCGCAGAUGAAGGACUUCGCUGACAGCAGAGAGAGGCACGAGGACGACGAGCUCACCUACAAGAAGCAGCUGAUGGAGAGCCUCCGUAAGAAGCUGGGAGUGCUAAGGGAGGCCCAGAGGGGCCUGCAGGAGGACAUCAGAGCCAACGCCCAGCUGGGAGACGAGGUGGAGAACAUGGUGGUGUCGGUGUGUAAGCCCAACGAGGUGGACAAGUACCGCAUGUUCAUUGGCGACCUGGACAAGGUGGUCAGCUUGUUGCUUUCUCUGUCCGGGAGGCUGCUCAGAGUGGAGACCACCCUGGACACGCUGGACCCCGAGACGGAGCACCAGGACAGGCUCCCCCUUCUGGAAAAGAAACGUCAGCUCAUGAGGCAGCUCUCAGAGGCUCAGGAUCUGAAGGACCACGUCGACCGCAGAGAGCAGGCCGUCAGCCGGGUUCUGGCCCGCUGCCUCACCCCGGAGCAGCACAGAGACUACAGCCACUUUGUGAAGAUGAAGGCUGCCUUGCUGGUGGAGCAGAGGCAACUUGAGGACAAGAUUCGGCUGGGAGAGGAGCAGCUCAGAGGGCUGAGAGAGAGCCUGGGCUUGGGCCUGGGGCUGGGCUUGGGUAUGGGAAUGUCGAUGGGAUAUGGACAGUACUGAAUAAAGAAAUAGUGAAAUAAAGGUUAUAGCAGUGACACCAUUCAGUUUAAGCCCAAAACCUAUAAGACAUGUUUUCAAAAACACAGUUAAGGACAACAACCUGUACAUCUAUCUUGAGAGUUGUUUGCUGGCAGUAAAUGAAGCUGCUGCAGGCUGUUAAGCAUAAAUAUAGGAAUUAGAAACAGUUAAAAAGCCACUGUCUAAUAGAGUAUUUACACACAACCACUGACCAAAUUCAGUUUAAUAAGUUAUAUCCAGAGUCCGGAGUCUUUUUGGCUGGAUGCAAAGAGCAGCGUAUGAAGUCGUCCCAAAAUGGUCCUACAAGAGUUAGAAGACAUUUUCCAACUCUAAAACAAGAGACAGCCCUGAGGAUGCUGUCAGGCAAACGUUUAAGGAAUGGAGACACAACAACGGAGACAAGAACUGGCUCUGAGGAUCAACGUGAAGAGGGAAACCAACUCAGAGAUGGAAAACAUUUGUCGCAUACAACUUCAAAGAACUCAAACACUUUGUGCCUUAAACAUGUACUGUACAAUUUAACGGACACUACGUAUUUUCUGUUGUAACAGACUUUGUUGCCAAAGACAUGUUUGCGAAAUGACUGCGUCAUUCAUUCCUGUUGUCUUUUAUAUUUAAGCCUCCUAGUUCAGAGAACUUGAAGAGGGUUUUUUGGUGCUUCUUAUAACCACACUAAAGCCAAUGUUUCUCAGUGCCAUUGUCAGCUGUGUUAACUGCUAAAUAUCAAUUCUGCAAUGCAUAAACUGUUGUAUUUCUCUUUUAUUGUAUUAUUUUGUGUCACAUUACUGUACUUAUGGGGGGUUUGACACUCCGUGUACUGACUGUCACAUGUAGGUUUGUAUGUACAGAAGGCACUAGCGUUUAUUCUGUAUAUAGUUUGUAUAUUGGGGUUUUGGUUUUUGAGAACAUUCGUUGUAAAAGAUGAGUGAGAAGACCUGGAAGAGUUGAAGUUUACUGUAGCCUAUAUGUUUACGAUGAAUGAGUCCAGAGAGGAGUGACGUUUGUGUUGCAUCAAGUGAAAUCUGCCAAAUUUAUUUUCAGCCAUUUGUUGUCCCCAAUUAUCACUUGGACUGACUUGGGAAAUAUGCCAAUUUACUUUAAAAUGUAAACAAAUCGAACGCAUUAACGUAGCUAAAACCAUAUUGAAGUAAAACUUGUUUUGCUAAAUAACUUCAGACACAACAGCAAAAAAACACAAGAAAGAAAAAACAUGUCAAACAGAAUGUGAACAAGAUUAGCAUAUGCACAUCAACAAAACAUUGUAACGGAAAAUCUAAUAUUCCAGAGAUAUGAAUAUGUUGUGCAAUGUUUUUUGUUUUCUCUGAUGUUUUUGUGGUCACUGUCACAUGUAUGCUUUUUUUUAUGUGUUUUUUGUUUUCUCAGGCUUUACCAUUGAGCUGUAAAAGACUAGCGGCAGGUUAGCUUAGCAUACAGACUUAAAUUUUGGGUAAGGGCUUUCUCUCCAUGUCUCAACCUAUUUAUUGUUUUACCAGCAAAACUCAGAAAUAAAGAAAUGCUUGUGCUUUCUUCGUGCUCAAAGCAUCUCGAAGAAUAAAGACGGCAAACAAUAAAGACGGAAAACCACCGGUCAUCUUUCAGCUAGCUUGUUUUGCUAGCUAAGAGCUACAACUAGCUUUUCAGCUGUGAGUUUUAAACACUAAAGUCGUUAAAACUAGUUUAAAAAAUCUGAGUAGAAGCUCUUCAAAACCUCUGUAUGGGGAUUUGAAUGGUGGCUUUGUCUGUUGAGAGGAUCCGCUGCCACAUUUUCACCUAAAGAGCAAGAACUGUGCAGUUUUUAAGCCAUUACAACAAAACACCCAUAAUUUUAGUCUUAUCUGUCAUUUGAUUUAAACAAUGCUUAUGCCGCCCGCCAUUUUAACUUAGAAGUUGUCAUUUGAGUGGAAAACCUCAGAUAUUAUUUAGUUUCACAUCAAGCUGAUUUCAAAAAUCCAACAUGCAUUGCUAGCUGCAGUAAUAAAUUCUUUAUUUGCGCUUUGGUUAGCUCAUUAAAUCAGUGCUGCACAGUACUCCACAACCUCAGUAAACCUCUAGCUACGGUAACUGAAUGAACAUAUGAGAUGUAUUUUUAGCAGCUCGUGUUGCUAAUACUUGUUAGCCUGGUUAUUGAUCACUGCUGUUAGUGAGAACUGAUCUAUCUGGAAGGCAGAUAAUUUGAGGCUAUUCCCUUAUUUUUGAACUAAUGGCGAUUUCUCCUGCUUUACUGCCAGUAAGAUAAAGUUAACCCUAGCUGCAGUAGCAGCCAGUGUAAGAUAAAGUUACUGACAAAAUCUUGACCAAUCUUGAGGAAUGGUCAUGAUCUAAGGAGUUGAGAUCUGCCUCUCUAAUUAAAAAUAAGCCUAAAACAAGAGAAAAGGGAAAACCUGGUUAAUUUCUGAUAAAGCAAACCUGUUUUAUUUUAGAAGUAGCUUAACGUCAUUUCAAAGCUGCCCUUCUUUAUCAGCAGAGUAUUCUUGUUGUCUUUAGUUGUGAGCAACCCUAAACCUAAGACUUGCGUAGUUCAUUGCUGUUACUGUGUGUACAUUGAAUGUUGUCCUGUGCUGCAACAGCCAUUCUCAUUGGAAAAAUCCAUCGGAAAUAUAUUAAUACUAAGGACAAACAUUGCCUGUUGGACCUGUAAGAGAGUAUAUUUCUUUCGUUUCUGUUUUUUCCUGUUAAAUUUUGAUUUAUUAAAAACAAAUUGUUACUGCAAAAAGACCUGUGUGCGAGGAAAUUGUACCAUAAAUAAUGAUUUUAAACUA